CGGAAGAAAGACGCGUAAUCGAAGAGUUCUUCGAGGUUACCUCGAAUUGGUCGUUGAUUGCAUUCCUUCAAUAUAGAGAAGAAACCGAUAGUUUUACGUACGAUAAAAGAAGGGAACAUAAACUAUACGCGAGAGCUUUAGACGCGUUAUCCAAAGACCACGUUCGUGCUCAAGAAUGCCUUGCUGAUUUUGAGGUCCAGUAUAUUAUUACUAUUAUGUGA